AUUCUUUCAAGUUUAUGUUAGCUAAGCAGAAUGCUUAAACAAGAUAUUCGAACGUAUGGUGUAUGUAUAGGUGUAAUAACAGGGUCUAUAACUCUUGGUGUUUAUGCGUAUAAGAGGCUAUUUAGUCGAUUGCCUCCUGGACCUUUUACAAUACCUUUUUUUGGGAGUCCAGCAAGAAAAAAUGAACUAGUAUAUGAAACGAAUAAACGCUUAGCAGAAAAAUAUGGCGUAAUUUUCUCAUAUUGGUCUGGUACACAAUUAAAGAUAUUCUUAAAUGAUUAUAAUUUAAUAAAAGAAGCUUUUGUAAAUCGUGGAGAUGAAUUUAGUCAAGCACCUCCAGAGAAUAUGAGUUAUUUUCUCAAGUUUCAUGAUCGUUUUAUAACGGUUGAUUAUAAUGAAGACGUGAGAAUUCUCAAGCGAGGGAUUUUACAAGCUUUUCGGGGGCUCUUUGGUUCGGGAAAAACUCUUCUGGAAGACAGAAUUCGGUUUGAACUAUUUCAUAAAUUCUACAACAUCAAAGAUGAUACUCCUAUUGACGUUGGAGAAUUUUUCAAGGCCCUAAGCGUUAACGUUACGUGUUCAAUGUAUUUUGGCAAAAGAUUUGAAUACGAUAGUAAAGAGAUGGAUGAGCUCUUUAAGUUAUCUCAAAAUUACUUUAAAUGGUUUUUUGUGGAAUUAACUUUAAAUUUCACAAAUAUGCCACUACCCUUUUUUUUAAAGAAGAUAAUUUAUCGUAAAGCGAUUCAAAAAUCUAAAGAUGCCAUAGAAGGUAUGAGGCAAUGGGUUCGUUCGAUGAUGGAAGAUCAUGAUGAUACUGAAGAUGACUUAGUUUCUGCCUACAAGAAAUUAGUACCAGAAGCCAAGAUUGAGGAAAUAAUUGAUACAAUAAUGUUUUUACUUAGUGAUCCUUUAGACGUGGUGCCUGGCGUUCUUUCUGGUUUAUUUCAUCUUGUUGCAAUGCAUCCAGAAAAACAACAGAAAAUGUUCGAGGAAAUAUCGAAUUCACAAUCGUCGUUCUUAGAUCAAUCAAAAUUACCUUACGUUAGGGCUUUUAUUAUUGAAACAUUGAGAUACGCUAAUUUUGUUUCAAACUCUGCUGCUCAUAGAGUGAUCAAGGAAACGACACUACAAGGUUAUAGAAUACCAAAGGAUGCUGAUAUUUAUGCUAACUUUUAUGCCGUUCAUAUGAAUGAGGAAACUAUGAAGGAUUGCUUCAUUUUCCGACCUGAAAGGCAUUUGGAAGAUAAUCACAAUAUUAUUACUUUUGGUAUUGGGCGAAAGUCUUGCCUUGGUGAGCAGUGGGUAAGAUCCCAGAUGUAUUUGACAUUGGUCAUUACACUACAAAAGUAUCGCUUAGAACCUACUCCAGGAUUUAAUAAAUUAAAAUAUCAAAGCGACGUAUUUCACUUGCCAGAAAAAGUUGAGUUACUAUUCAUCGACAGAAACAAAAGUGACUAG